UUGCUGAUACGUAUUUUUCACCAGGAGGUUUACGUGGGAAAGGAGACGAUGUGCACGGUGGACGGGCUGCAUUUCAACAGCUCCUACAACGCCCGGGUGAAGGCCUACAACGCGGUGGGCGUGGGGCCCUACAGCAAAACCGUGGUGCUGAAGACCUCCGACGGUGUGGCGGAGGGGGGCAUCACUAAGGGGGCGACGGUGGGCGUCCUGCUGGACCUGACCAAGCGCACUCUGACUUUCUACAUCAACCAGCAGCAGCACGGGCCCACGGCCUUCGAGAGCCUGGAGGGCGUCUUCGUGCCGGCCGUCAGCCUCAACAGAAACGUGCAGGUGACCUUAAUGACGGGCCUGGAGGUGCCAAAGAACAGCAAACAGUAA